AUGUCUCCCUCCCUCGUCCACCUCAGCCAAAUCCCCACCGUCACACAGCUCUACGCCAGCAACCGCCUGCGCCCAACCUCGAGUCCCGCCGCGCCGCCCAACCCAUCCUACAACGACAAGAUCAGCCUCAUCCGCCACGACAUCACAAAGCUCCGCGUCGACAGCAUCGUCAACGCGGCCAACGAAUCGCUGCUCGGGGGCGGGGGCGUGGAUGGCGCGAUUCACCGUGCUGCGGGGCCGGAGCUGUUGGAUGAGUGCGAGACACUAGGCGGCUGCGACACCGGCGACGCGAAGAUCACGGGCGCGUACAACCUGCCUUGCAAAGCGGUCAUCCACGCCGUCGGGCCCGUGUACUUCCGCACGAAGCGCGAGGGGCGGCAUACGCAGCUCCUACAAAGCUGCUACCGCAAGAGCCUUCAGCUCGCGGUGGAUCACGGGCUCAAGAGCAUCGCGUUCUCGGCGCUGAGCACGGGCGUGUACGGGUAUCCGAGCGGGGAGGCGGCGGAGGCGGCGUGUGAGGAGGUGAGGCGGUUUUUGGAGAGUGGGAGGGGAGACGGCCUGGAGAAGAUUGUGUUUUGCAACUUUAUGGAGAAGGAUGAGCGGGCUUAUGAGGAGGUGAUUCCGAAGUACUUCCAGCCCGCGUCCGAGGACUCCAAGGAGGAGGAGGCAGAGGGAGGGGAUGUAUCCGAGUCGAAGGACGAGAGUGCGCCUGAAUCGAAAGUAGAGGGUGCACAGGAGUCCAAGGAAGAGACCGGUGGCGUGCCCAUUCCCGAGUCGAAAGAGGAUUUGAAGGACAAGAUCUCGGAUCUUGCGGACAAGAGAACGGCGGAGCUGGAACGGAGCACUGAGGAAGAGGCAAAGCAGGCGAAUCCUGCGGAGCCAGGCGUAGAGCCGGAGAAAAAAUAG